CAUAGUUAAUGGCUCCCACAAGACUUUAUUAUAAUAAUUCAAAAAAUAUCUCCUCGAUCAUCUCUCUCUCUCGCUCCAGUAUGUAGUCUGUACUUUAUUGAGCACAGACUCAACCUCUUCCAUGAUUUUGUCUGUAGAUCAAAGGUGAGGCUCUGCACCACAGAGAUUAAAAAUGUUAAAAACCCAUCUCUCCAUUUAAGUAACUUCUCUAGUGGGGUAUAGAAUUUUUAUGGAAAAGAAUUAAAAAAUUGUUCUUCAGUUGAAGUUCUGUUGAUUGGUUCUCUUACUAUUUUCCCCUUUACGGGGAGAUGCUUCUCUUCUCCCCAUGAAUUUGAAAAGAAACCACUUUGGGCUUUGAGCUUCGUUUUGUCUCUGGUUUCUUUCUGUCUCUUCCUAUCUUCAUUUCUCUCCAUUUCACAUGUGGGGUUACUUUAUUUUUUGCCUUGAAGGGCAUGCAAACCAUAAAUCUGUGAUUUUUGAUAUCUGGGCCUGACUCUUGAGAUGUGGUUAUUAGCAGAACAAAUCACAGAGCAAACAAAUCUCUGUUCCAUUGUCAGCUUAUCCGUUUAACAUGUGUGCACGGGUUUUCAAUGUUUCUCUUCUUUAAGGUAUUGUAUGUGAUUUUAAUAUAAAAUGAUUGGUGAAGUACAAGAGAAGUAGAGUUUCUUCGGAGACAUAGAUGUUGAAUUCUUUCCUUUUUAAGAAACAUGGAAUCUGGGAGUAGAUUUUACUCAACUGACGAGUUCAAAUUGGAAGCUAAAUGGCUUGUCGAUCCAAAGCAUCUUUUUGUUGGGCCAAGGAUUGGAGAGGGAGCUCAUGCCAUAGUAUAUGAGGGAAAAUAUAAAAACCAGACUGUUGCCAUUAAAAUUGUUCAUAGAGGAGAAACUCCAGAGGAGAUCACAAAGCGAGAACUACGAUUUGCAAGAGAAGUUGCAAUGUUAUCAAGGGUUCAACACAAGAAUUUAGUGAAGUUUAUUGGUGCCUGCAAGGAACCUGUAAUGGUCAUAGUUACAGAGCUUUUACUGGGAGGGACAUUGCGGAAAUACUUGUUGAACUUGCGACCAAGGUGCUUAGAGACGCGCCUUGCCAUUGGUUUUGCACUUGACAUUGCUCGCUCUAUUGAGUGCUUGCACUCUCAUGGGAUCAUACAUCGUGAUCUGAAACCAGAGAACUUGCUCUUGACUGCAGAUCACAAAACUGUCAAAUUAGCAGAUUUUGGCCUAGCAAGAGAAGAGUCAUUGACAGAGAUGAUGACAGCUGAAACAGGAACAUACCGUUGGAUGGCUCCUGAGUUAUACAGCACUGUUACACUAAGGCAGGGAGAUAAGAAGCAUUAUAACCAUAAAGUGGAUGCUUACAGCUUUGCGAUUGUGUUAUGGGAGCUCUUACAUAACAGGUUGCCAUUUGAAGGCAUGUCAAAUCUCCAGGCAGCAUAUGCAGCAGCCUUUAAGAAUGUAAGGCCUAAUGCUGAAAAUGUACCAGAGGAAUUGGCUACCAUCCUAACUUCAUGCUGGAAGGAGGACCCAAAUGCUCGGCCUAAUUUUAGCCAAAUAGUCCAUAUGCUCCUUAAUUAUCUUGCUACUAUUGCUCCUCCUCAACCAGCUAUUCCACGUCGGAUUUUCACUUCUGAGAACACCAUCUUGCCACCAGAAUCUCCAGGUACAAGCUCAUUGAUGGCAGUGCAUGAUGAGACUGGGGAAACCCCUAAAGAAAAGAUGGGAAACAAGCCGAAAAGUUUCUUCUUUUGCUUCAACCAGUGUUAUUAAUACUUUAACAGCACAAAAUGCAACCUUUGGUUCUUCCUGGGGAGUCAAAUGUGAUCGGAGGAGCUCGGUAGAGAGCAGGGACUCAGGAGUACAUUUUGAUACGGUAUAAAAUAUUCACAACAUUAUUAAUUCAAGUCAAUGGAGAUGUUGCAAUGUACUUAUAAGAUGCUGCUGCUGUAUGUACUCACUUUGUAGGAUCAGAAUGCUGGGAGGAUAACUUGUCGUGGAAUAUAAUUUUGGGGUUAUGGUAUGUUUGAUUGAAAAAAGUGAAAGGAGGAUAUCAACUCCAAUUUUUGUAAGAAAAAUUAGGGGAAGAGAUAAACAGAGGAGCCAAACUCCAGUUCCUUGUAAAAAUAAGAGGGGAAAACACAUCCCUAAUUGUAAAUGACGUUUCUUCUUCUUUGGAAGCCAACAAAAGGAGAACUUUAAAUUUGGGAUAGGUUGCAUUACUUUUUCCCACAAACUUGGAAGAUCAAAUAUUUGUAUUCA